GGCGUCGAGCGGGCGCCACGCGGAGUUUUUCGUGGUGACCUGUGCGGUGUUCGAGUUCUUGUUUUGUUGACGUGGCAGGUUUUGUCCAUUCCGUUUUCGCGCGGUGUUUUCGCCAUUUGGCGGGAAAGAUGGACUUGGAGCGGAUGUCGAGUUCGUUUCGAAUGGAGGCGGGAAACCUGUACGGCAAGAUCGAUGCCGCCAUUUACGAUUUCGUCUUCGGUUUGUUCCGCAAGUUUGAUGUGGAGUUGUCUCCCUCUCCCAUCACCAAGGGCCUUCCAUGCGUGGACAGUCCCACUCCGGUGAUCCUUGGCGUCUCUACAUAUCUGGCCAUCGUGAUCUUUGGUUCGUGCAUGCUCAAGUGGAAAGGGACGGGCAAGCCACGGGCGUCGGAUCCGCGGCCGCUUCGUUUUCUGGUCGUGCUGCACAAUCUCUUCCUCUUCUUUCUCAGUCUUUACAUGUGCCUCGGAAUCGUCUAUGAAGCAAUCAAGAACAACUACCACAUUUGGGGAAACCCAUAUGUACCGUCUCAAGUACAGAUGGGAAGGCUUAUAUACAUAUUCUACAUGUCAAAGUACUUUGAAUUUGUUGAUACGAUAAUCAUGCUGUUGAAGAAGAAUCUCAGGCAGGUCUCUGUGCUCCAUGUGUACCAUCAUAGUUCUAUCGCACUAAUCUGGUGGGUCGUAUCCUAUCAUGCACCAGGUGGUGAAGCCUACUUCUCUGCUGCUCUAAACUCAGGGGUCCAUGUAGCCAUGUACUUGUACUAUUUGCUGGCGGCACUCAUCGGCAAGGACGAGAAGAUCAGGAAGAAAUAUCUUUUCUGGGGCCAGUACUUAACCAUCACGCAGAUGGUACAGUUUGCUAUGAAUCUAAUCCAAGCCUAUGUUGGUGUCAAAUCUAACGUCGAUUACCCUCAGUUUCUUCUCAAGAUCUUGUAUUACUACAUGAUGACCCUGCUUGUGCUUUUUGCAAACUUUUAUGUGCGAAAGUACAUCUUUCCGAAGCAGAAGCCGGACAGAAUCCAGUCGAAGAAGCAGCAGUGACUGGCGUAAGCUCAACAAGGAAAAACUGAUACUGAGGUUAGUUCUGGGAUGGGGAUGUUGAAGUGAAAACAACAAACAACAAACAGCAAACAGCAAACAGCAAGCAGCAAAAAUCUCUGGGAUGGGGAUGUUGAAGUGAAAACAGCAAACAGCAAAAUGAUCUGAAGUGCUCACCAUUGGGACCUGAAGUGAGAUUAAAUGUUGGAAAAAUUGGAAAAAAGUAGCUGCGUCAAACGUGUCUGCUCUGGGACUGGGAUUAGGCAGACUGG